UUUCUUCACGUUUUUGCUUGAACGUCACGCCUUACGUCAUUUGGUCUGUAUAAAUAAUGCCAUGCUUUAAUAUAGCUUAUUGCGUUGUUCUGUCCGACACUUGUCUGCAGUAAACAUAGCUAAAUAUUCCGCACCCUGUUGAGGCUAACAGAAAAAACGUUGUCAAAAUGAGCGAGCAGAAUCCAGUAAAAGUUGCUGUGUUGGGAGCCACUGGUGGUAUUGGUCAACCACUGUCUUUACUUCUUAAAUUGUCCCCUUUAGUUGAUCAUGUAGCACUUUAUGAUAUUCUUAAUACUGCAGGUGUUGCAGCAGAUCUUAGUCAUAUCACAUCAAAAGCUAAGGUGACACAUCAUCAAGGUGCUGAACAACUUGAAGAAGCUUUAAAAGGCUGUACUGUUGUUAGCAUUCCUGCUGGUAUUGCACAAAAACCUGGCAUGACACGUGAUGAUCUUUUUAAAGUUAAUGCUGGAAUUGUGAAAGCCUUAGCAGAAGCCUGUGCCAAAUAUUGCCCAAAAGCUAUCUUGACAAUCAUAUCUAAUCCAGUAAAUUCCGCUGUACCAAUUGUUUGUGAAGUAUUUAAGAAGGCUGGUGUUUUUGAUCCUAAAAGAAUCCUUGGUGUGACAACGUUGGACGUCGUGAGAACGACAACUUUUGUUGCCGAGAUGAAGAAACUUGACAUGACAAAAGUAAGUCCCGUCAUUGGUGGACACUCGAGGAAUACCAUUCUGCCUCUUUUGUCUCAAACUGAACCAGAAACGUCAUUCACGCAGAGCGAAAUUGAAAGUAUGACAGACAAAGUUCGAUUUGCAGGAGAAGAGGUGCUCAACGCCAAGGCUGGUACCGGCUCGGCUACGUUAUCAAUGGCUUACGCUGGAGCAAGAAUAAUCUUCUCGCUACUGAAAGCAUUACAGGGAGAAUCUGAUAUCGUUGAAUGUGCUUAUGUUUGUUCUGAUGUCACCGAUGUGAAAUAUUUUUCAACGCCCUUACUUCUUGGGAAAAAUGGCUGGGAGAAAAAUCUUGGGCUAGGCAAACUAUCUGAGUUCGAGAAGAAAAAACUGUCGGAGCUUUUACCAGAACUUCAGAAACAAAUCAAAAAAGGAGAGGACUUUAUGGUCAGUCACUAGACGUGUGUCAAUACUAUUGUAGACUAUAUUGUAGCUGUAUUCAAGCAAUGCUUUUCUUAAAAGUAAGGGAUAAUAUCAAUACGAUCAUUUUCAAUGAAUAUGAACUAGACAAAUAAAUUAGUUUACCAUAUCAAUACAACAAAGUUGCAAUCAA